AUGUCCGACAUAAAGCAGCAAAAAGCACUCUUCCUUCAAUCUAAGCACGGCCAAUUCGCUGUUGGUCAGCACAGCAUCCCGAAACCCGGGAAGGACGAACUCUUGAUCCAGGUUUUUUCUGCAGCCCUUAAUCCUGUCGACUACAAAGUUCAGGAGCUUGGGGUUUACGCCGAAAACUACCCAGCAAUACUUGGUGAGGAUAUUGCUGGGAUCGUCAAAGAAGUAGGAGAAGGUGUUCACCACUUCGCGAAGGGGGACAGGGUAUUCUCCCAUGGCCAGUUUACAAACCAUGCAUCUGCUUUCCAACAGUUCACACUCAGCGACGCGGAUUUCACUGCGGAGAUCCCGGAUAAUUUGGGAUAUGAUGAGGCAGCCACUAUUCCAUUGGCCUUCGACACUGCUUCGACAGGCCUGUAUAAUAGUAACAAGUACGGGUUAGGCCUCACGCCGCCUUGGGAACAAAGCGGCAUUAGCAUGUACUCGGGGACUCCGAUCGUCAUUCUUGGUGGAUCGUCAGCUGUCGGGUCAUUUGCCAUUCAGCUGGCUCGCCUCUCUGGGUUUUCUCCUAUUAUUACGACUGCAUCGGACGCCCAUAAAGCGAACCUAAUGUCGCUUGGGGCUACCCACGUGUUCUCCAGGCACUUUUCUGCUGACGAGCUCAAGACUCGUGUUAGCGCUUGUACAAGCGACCCGAUCAAGUAUGUGUUUGAUGCCAUCUCUCUCCCUGACACACAGCAGAUUGGAUGGUCGCUCCUCAGUCAGAAAGGACGCCUACUUUUGACACUUCCGGUGUCAGUCGAAGAAAAAGAAGGAAAAGAACGCGUAGCUAUCAGGACGUUCGGAAGCCCACAUGCGGAUGAAAAUAAACCGCUUUGCAAGGGCUUGUGGGCCACUCUUCCGGAGUGGCUUGAGGCAGAGACCAUCAAGCCCCUUAAUUACGAAAUUCUUCCUAAUGGUCUUGAAGGAAUCAUCGAGGGGUUGGAGCGAAUGAAGAAAGGGCAAGUGAGCGGGAAAAAGCUGGUUGCUCACCCGCAAGAUACAAAGUGA